AUGGAGACGCAGCAAAUACCCUCUAUCGCUGUGGUGACAUCUUCUCGAGCCGUCAUCUCGGGUCGUCUAACGUCAGCCACCAUCGUUAUCUCUCGCACCUCUGGAAAGAUCACCGCGGUCUUCGACUCCGUUAUUCCUGCCUCUGACUUCCCCGAGGGGACUCCUUAUACCGACUAUUCGCCUCAUGUCUUGCUGCCCGGCUUAGUGGAUGCCCAUGUUCACCUGAACGAGCCCGGCCGCACCGAAUGGGAGGGCUUUUACACAGGCACCCAGGCUGCUGCCUUUGGCGGUGUCACCACCGUCAUUGACAUGCCUUUGAACGCCAUCCCACCCACCACCACCGUGGCAGGUUUCAAGGAGAAGCUGAAUGCUGCCCAAGGCAAGUGCUGGGUCGAUGUCGGCUUCUAUGGCGGCAUCAUCCCCGGCAACGCUGGCGAGCUGAAGGCCCUCGUUAACCAAGGUGUCCGUGGCUUCAAGGGAUUUCUCAUCGACAGUGGGGUUGACGAAUUCCCCGCCGUCUCCUCGGAAGACAUCCGGAAGGCCAUGGCAGAGCUGGCCGAUGAGCCCACCACCCUCAUGUUCCAUGCGGAAAUGGUACCCCCCAUCACAUCCCAGGCAGACCAACCCCAGACCACUGAAGGCCCCGCGGAAGCAUACUCCACUUUCCUGGCAUCCCGUCCCUCCGCAUAUGAGACCUGCGCCGUAGAAGAGAUCCUCUCCUUGGCCCACCUGGCGCCCAAGCUUGCGUUGCAUAUUGUCCACCUCUCGGCCAUGGAGGCCAUUCCACUCCUGAAGAAGGCCCGCGCAGAUGGGAUCCCCAUCACUGCCGAGACUUGUUUCCACUAUCUCUCCCUGGCGGCCGAGGAGAUCCGGGACGGUGAUACCCGCCACAAGUGUUGCCCACCGAUUCGCUCACAGCUCAACCAGGAUGCCCUCUGGGCCGAAUUGGAACGCCACGCCGAGGAUGGUGUCAUCAAGACCGUCGUCUCGGACCACUCCCCGUGCACCCCGGACCUGAAGCUCCUUCCCUCCCAUAUCCCGGGCAGCUGCUCCGCCAAGGGCGAUACCGCCAUCGAAAAGGACCAAGGUAGCUUCACCUCCGCCUGGGGCGGUAUCUCUUCUGUCGGACUGGGUCUUCCGAUCCUGUGGACGGAGCUCAGCCGCCGGAAGGGCCUCACCUCGGCUCCCGAGGACACCAACACCAAGCGGGCUCUCCAAGACAUCGUGCGUCUGUGCUGUGCCAACACCGCGGCACAGGUUGGGCUCGAGCGCCAGAAGGGUGACCUCGUCCCCGGGUUCGACGCCGACAUCUGUGUCUUCGACGACUCUGCCGAGUGGGUCGUCGAGCCGAGCACCAUGCUCUUCCGGAACAAGUGCUCGCCGUACCAGGGUCGCACCCUGCGCGGCAUGGUCCGUGAGACGUGGCUGCGCGGCGAGAAGAUCUUUAGCCGCGACGGCGGCUUCAGCAGCAAGACUCCGGCCGGCUCCCUGCUGUUAGAGAAACGGGUUUGA